GACCCUGGAUAUAAUCGAUCGUCAUCGAACCACCGGAACACGCAGCAUGUGAUGGUAGCUGCAUGCAACACCAGAGGGAUGAUUUCGCUAACUGCUAGAUAACCUGCAACAACGUGAAAAUGACAGACUACGCUGAAGAGCAAAGAAAUGAACUAGAAGCUAUUGAGUCGAUAUACCCUGACUCUUUUACAGUGCUUUCAGAGGAUCCCAUCAGCUUCACCAUCACUGUCACGUCAGAUGCGGGAGAAAAUGGCGAAACUGUGGAAGCAACUUUAAAGUUCACAUAUGUUGAAAAAUACCCAGAUGAACCCCCACUAUGGGAGGUCCACUCCCAAGAGAACCUGGAAAACAAUGAUAUGGAUGACAUCCUCACAUUAUUGCAGCAACAGUCAGAAGAAAAUCUGGGAAUGGUGAUGAUUUUUACCCUGGUGACAGCAGUGCAGGAGAAACUCAAUGAAAUUGUGGACUUGAUGAAGAACAGACGAGAAGAAGAGAAACUGCGGAAAGAGAUGGAGGCCGAGGAAGCAGAGAAGGUGGCGUUCCAGGGUACAGUGGUAACGAUUGAGAACUUCCUGGCAUGGAAAGCCAAGUUUGAACUCGAAAUGGCUGACAUACGGAGGAAAAGACAAAAAGAAGAGGAGCAAUCAGGAAAAACAAAGCUCACUGGCAAACAGCUGUUUGAGACGGACCACAAUUUGGACACGUCAGACAUCCAGUUCCUUGAAGAUGUUGGAAACAAUGUUGAGGUGGAUGAAUCAUUGUUCCAGGACAUCGAGGACUUAGAUUUGGAGGAUGAUGACCCUGACUUUGACCCUUUAGAGAUGGGUAGUUAUGAGGACUAAAGCUGCGCUACCAAAAAAGGACUGUUGGCGACUGACAGAAGAACCAUUUCGUUUGUCUGAAAAAUUAUUACUUGGCCAAACACAUGAAGAAGAUCCAAUGCAAUUCAAUAAGACACUAACAGCAAUUAGAGUGGCAAUCUUUGUCAAAGCAUCAUUAAUUCCCUCCUGUUUAAAGUUGCUUCAUCAUUGACUUCUGGUGCUGUCCACAAGGUUGUACUAUAAUCAGACAGUGUAUACCAGUAGUGUAUUUCACAAAUCCACUCAAUAAAUUCAAAAUGAAGUGCUUAAUA